AUGGCUACUGAUGGAGAUGUUGAACAACCUGCACCAAUUGUGGCUGAAUCUCCUAAUCAGCCAAUUGUUGAUACUAGUAGCCCUUUUUACAUGCAUCCCUCUAAUAAUUCGGGAAUAGCCCUAGUUCCUGUUCCAUUUGAUGGAUUUGGUUAUCGCUCAUGGAGAAGAGGUGUAAUGAGAGCCCUAUCGGUGAAAAAUAAACUAGGCUUCAUCAAUGGUGACUGCAAAAGGCUAGAUCCAGACUCCUCAAGCUAUCGACUAUGGGAGAGAUGUGAUGAUAUGGUGACCUCAUGGAUUUUGAAUUCCUUGGCAAAGGAGAUUGCAGACAGUGUUGAAUAUGUGACAGAUGCAAUCGAGUUGUGGAAAGAGCUUGAAGAUCGAUAUGAUCAGACAAAUGGAACAAAGCUCUACCAAAUUCAAAAGGAGAUUAACGACUUGUCUCAAGGAGCACUUGACAUUACUGGCUACUAUACAAAAAUGAAGAAGUUGUGGGAGGAACUCACUACUCUAAUUACCAAAUCUCAUUGCACCUGCAAUUGCACAUGUGGAGCAAGGGAAAGCCUUCUCAUUACUGAUUCAAGAGGAAAGACAAAGAGAAUUAAGCCUCAUAACUACUUAGCUCUUGGGUCAUCAGCGCUAAAUGUCAACACAAACAGGACAACAUCAUUCAAGACAAAUUAUUCACCUAAUAAUUCUCAAAGCUAUAGAAACAGACCCUUCUGUGAUUAUUGCAAGAGGCCAGGCCACACGAUAGAGAAGUGUUAUAAACUUCAUGGCUAUCCUCAAGGCUCCAAUCAAAAUCAGAAUCCAAAUCUAAGUCACAAUCAAGCUUCCACUUUCAAUCAAAAUCCAAGACAAAACUAUAACUAUGGGAAUAACUCAGGUAUAAGCCAAGGUACCAGGUUCAACAGGGGAAAUAGAGGAGUGGCUAAUGCACAUGUAGCAGCCACAGAUACUCAACAUACUGGUGAUGAGAACUGCAGUGCUCAAAAUAUCAGUCUCACUAAGGAAGAAUACAGUCAAAUUGUGAAUCUACUACAGCAGUUCCAAUCAAGAGGAGGGAGAGACAGCUCAGAUAAUGUCAACACUUCAUCAGCAAACUUUGCAGGUAUGAUAGCUUGCACCUCCUCUAUUGAUUUUGGGAAACUCUCAUGUGAAUGUUUCAAAAACAGGACUGAUUCAUGGAUUAUAGAUUCAAAGGCAUCAGAUAACAUGACCUUUAAUAAAUCCUUACUAACCAAUAUAAUAACUCUACCUUAUCCCCUACUUGUCAUUCUCCCAAAUGGCUAUAAAGUGAAGGUGAUUGAGAUUGGUAAUGUUGUACUUACUCCUAAGAUCACUCCGAAUAGGGCCCCUUCAAUGAAGAGGCCUCUAGUGAUUGGUAGAGUCAAAGAUGGACUCUACAUCUUGUGUCCAAAGUGCUUGAAGAACAACAAUACAAGUCCUGGAGCAAAUGUCAUUGAUUUCCUGUCCACCCCUGUCACUCACUGCACUUGUAACACAUAG